CUAAAAUAUCUAUAACAUGCUUGAUUUUAUCUUUACUUUCAACUGUGCGCUCGCUUGGAUAGUCGGUCUGUAUACUUUCAUCCACACUAUGUGUAUGAUAACUAGGUGACUCAUCAGGAACUAUCUCAGGCAGCAGCUCGACCUAGCUCAGAGAUACGGUUCUGAUUCUUGGGUCGUCGUAACUGGAGCUACUGGGGGACUCGGUCAACAGUACUGUUCUCAGUUAGCAAAGUGAGGUUUUAACAUUGCGAUGCUUGGUAGAGACAAGCUCAAAUUGCAGGAAGCAGAAAAAGCAUUGCAAACUCAAUACUCAAAGGUGAAGACUAAAGUUGUUUUGGCUGACCUAGGGAAAAAUAUGGAUGCAGACUUCUAUCAACACAUCUGUGAACAAGUAAGUGGACUAGAUAUUUCUAUUUUGGUCAACAAUGCAGCAUGGACAGACUUGUACUCCUUUGAGUGUAUUGCCUUGCAAGAUAACUUGUCUAGAGCUAGGCUCAACAUGGGAGCUCCAGCAUUGCUAUGAAAUCUAUUGAUAAACAAGCUUAUGAGCAGAACACACAGAAGCGCAAUUAUCAAUGUAUCUUCUGUGGGGCAAACUUGUCCAAGUCCAUACACUGGUGAUUACUCUGGAUCUAAAAGGUUUUUGACACUUCUAUCUCUCCACUUGCAUGAUAACUACUCUUCCAAGAUUGAUAUCCAAGAUUUACAGCCAGGAUAUGUGACAACUAACAUUGCGAGGAACUACAAAGGAGCUGAUGCUAUAACUGCAGAAAGAUGUGUCAAAAGUAGCUUGAGAGAUCUUGGUCAAGAGGUAUCUACAAUUCCAGUAAUGGUCCAUAGCUUUAUGGCUCAAUUUAUGCAUUUUGUAUCCAGAUUCAGCAUGCCUUUGUACAAGGCUACAGUUGUGAAAGGAUGUGAAAAAUUCGCUCUUGAGAAUUUUAAGAAAGACUAUCAAUCGAGAUAACCGAAUUAUUUUUCAACCAUAUAUCUUUAAUGCGGG